UGUAAAGAUCCUCGUUCGUUUUGGUCACAAAAGAGUAUCGUGCGAUUACAAUGGGCUGGCAUUGGUCGAUUAUCGGCAUGGGGGCAUCUGCCUUCAUUACGUGCACCGACGGGAAAACAGUGCUAAAAGGCCAAGAUGUGUGGGAAAACGGUCGGCAUUGUGCGUCGUUCGAAUGCCCAUCGGAAGAUGCGAUUGUCCGGGAGGCAGCCAUCUAUAAACUGCUCGGCGACCAUCCGCAAAUUCUCCGUUGCUCCGGCCUCUCGGAGAUCCACCCUGGCGUCCGUGCCCUACGCCUCGAGCUUGCCCCGUUUGGUGACGUGAGGCACUAUCUCGAGCAGCACCCAGACGAUCCUCCGCCGCUGAAAACACGCCUGAACAUGGUUCUAGACGUCGCCCAGGGACUGGCACAUGUGCACUCCCGCGGCGUCUGGCAUUUCGAUUUUUCCACCAAGAAUUUGUUCCUGUUUCCUGACUUCCACGUCAAGAUCGGCGACUUUGGCGGUUCCGUAUGUGAGGCCCUUGGCUACAAUGGCGGGACCUUGGAGGACCAGGACUACGAGUUACCUUGCAGAGGAAGAGACUUCAUGGAGCGCCCUCGAGACAAGCGAGAGCUCUUCGCAUUAGGCUCCUCCAUGUACGAGAUUGUGGCGUGGGCCCGCGUUUUUCCCGGACUGAGCGAGGAGGAGGUGGAUGAACGACUGAAGAAUGAGGACUUUCCGCCAGUCGACACACUAGCGAUUGGACAUAUCAUCGAUGGUUGCUGGAAGGAACAUUACAGCACAGCAAACGAUGUCCUUCAAGAUCUGAGAAGUCGAGUUCUCCUUGUCAACGGCGAUGGCGUCGAUAACACUGUGAAGGGAAACGGCCAAGCGCUCUCCGCUCGCUACGGAGGACCUUGAAAUCGGCCGAUACGAUGAGCCUCUGCCAAACCUCAAUGACACUAUAGGUAGAAUUAAGCGUACAGACUAUGAAAAGCUUAGACUAGUGCCUAAACCCUUAGGGCUAAUAGGUCUUAAGUAAAGUCUACCUAGAAGUAGC